AUGCGUUCUCGCCGCUCCGAGACGUUGAAGAUACCGUUUAACCGUCGAGAGCCUGCGCACGGAGUCCUAGGCAUAGACAUUGGCACCACCGCAACGAGAGCCAGUCUAAUGAAGGAUGAAUGGAAAGGGCAAGAUGACCGAUCACCGAUCAUCAUAGUUCGGCCCGGUAUUCGAAAAGCUCCAGACCAAUUCAGAGAUUGCGAUAUGCCGGCAACGGCGUUCCCCUUUGAUACCAACAAGAAACCUGAGGACUGUCUGGGCUUUGCAACCGACACACGUCGCGGCCAAUUGCCGCUCAAAAUGUUCAUGUAUUUCCAAAGAGCGCAAACGCUUCGUGAGAAGAACCAGACGAAAGACCUCAAGAAAAUACUAAAGACAAUACCGCAGGUCGACGAAUUCUGGCAAACAUACAUCCAGCAGCCUCCAGCAGCGCAGACAAGAAUCGCGAACCACUUGGAAAACAUCUUCAUUGCUCAUCUGGAAAUGGUCCGCCAUCAGAGCGAAACGACAGCAAAGAAGCACGGUGUCAGGAUAUCGAAAAUUGCUGCCACCAUACCGCCUAACUGGGAUAAAUGGAUGCAGGAUAAAUACGUUGACCUCUUGUCAAGUGUCAUGGGAAUUCAUGAACAUGAUAUCACGACGGUAUUUGAGUCCGAGGCCAUCUGUCAUUUCUUGCUGCGAUUAAACACCGUGAUCAAGCAGUCCAGUCAAGUAAAUCGAGUUAUCCUAGCCGACUUUGGCGGACACACGCUCAACGUCACCACCGUUAAUAUCGUGCGAGGAGAGGAGGGCAGCCGGUUUGCGUUUUUUCUGGGCGACACUACAUGUAACCACGGCGGCUCUGAGCUACACACGUCAUUUGUGAAGAAGCACAUCAUGAAACAUGUCGAGGUGAACGCCUUGGCACAGAGCAAGGAACAACAAGACCACCUUGUGGACACUUUUAUGCAAUCGUACCGGGACCGCAUUCGGCGCGACUUGAGCAAGACUCCAUUUUUUGUCUCAGGCCGUCGAAGUGACAGUUACGAAGAACAGAGUAUCAACGGCCUCAUAGACGAUAAGACCGCCGCGGUAAUGUAUAAUGGAAGCUUUAGGGGGUCCCUAUUUGCUUUGAAAACUCGAAUGAGCACCUUGUCAAAGUUGACGGGAACUACGGCAGUUGUGCUCACCGGAGGUACAUUUUUGAACCAGAACAUCAGAGAUAUAGUCAUGGGAUAUAUCGAGCAUUUCCGACUGAAAUACUUGCCAUGGGCUGAGGACGACGCUCCCGCAAAUGGAUGGUCGUCAAUGGUUAGCGCUGGUGCUGCCCUCGCGUUAACCAACGAGUUGUCAGUAAAAGAUUUCCUAAGCCAGGCGGCGUUUGGGGCCGAAAUUCGCAAAAGCCAGGGUGCAAGCCGUGCUCAGGUCUUGCUUGACAGCUCUGGGAGCCACAAAGUAACCAAGAAACUCAUGGACCAUCAUGGCGCAGAUAUAGUCAUCACAUGUUACCCAUUGGCGCCACUGGACAACCGAGAAACGCUUGCGAUCAAAGGAAGCUAUGAAAUGGAGCUGCUGGGAAGAGAGUACCAGGGAGUACACACCUGGGAGCUCAAGUAUGAGUAUAAUCCUCUUCAUGUAGACUGCCAAGAUUACCUUGUAUUGAAACAACAAUCAUGGCCGACACACCAGCCCAGCUUUACGGAAGAGCAGCGAUGGCCGAUCUUCUACGACCCUGGUUCAUGUGUAUUAUUCAUCGACAGGAAUCUUGAUGGGCCUAUCAAAAACAACUCAGACCUCCAGAACAGGAUCGGAGUAUCGGAGGAGCCGCGGAGCAAGAAAGGCGUAACAAAAAGAAAGCGGUGGCGCCGAAAUCAGGCAGACUUACCCGGAAUAUAUUGGCAGGAUGCGUUGUGCGAGAGCAUCGAGACUCCAGCGAGUGAAGAUGGCAAAGAAGCUCGAUAUCCUCCUUCUCAGCAUACCAUACGAGAGAAUGCUGCCGCACCCAUGUCCCAGCACUCAAAGCCCCUUUCAACAACCGAAACAACAACGAAAGCCUCUAAUGGCCAGUUACCCUCGCCAAUCAGAAAAGACCCAAGAAAGACCAUUAGAGUUGCCAACACCGAUUCAAGGGUGCGAAGCCGACUCUCCGCGGAAAGUGACAGGAGACCGUCCAGCCAGAUGAGUGCCGGUCACGACCUCGGAACUACAACCCGUCCUAUCGAAGUAUUCGAUGGAUACGGAGAUUGCGCCGCUUCAGUUGUCGGCUCCUAA